CUGACAGUCCAUCAUGGCUCUUGAAAGCGGUGGUCUCACUUUUUCAAUUUCAAGAUGUAAUUUGUUUAUUCCAGCUUUAAUAUGUUUAAAAUUCACCCUUUGACAAUUAAUUUCCAAGUAGUUGUAACAUGUCGCAUAAAAAAUCUGGAAAAAAUCGUUCAGCCAAAUCAUUAGGAGACAUUACCCUGAACGAUUUUGCAAACGCAUCAGUUUCUGCCUCUAAAGGUAGACUCAAAAAGUCGACUAGCAAUGUCUCCAAGGUUUUAAAAAAAUUUGAAGAAGAGAAAAGCUGGGACGAAAAAAUCGAUGACUUCGAAGGUGACUUUGUUGAAGAAGUAGACGAAGAAGGAAACGUAUCUUAUGUAAUCCGUAAGGUAGAACCAAGGCGUAGGAAAAAAACAAAUUCAAACAGCGAAGAAACUAAAGAUAGACCUGGUAACGACUAUCCAAUUGAUAUUUGGUUUUUGCUGUCAGAAUACAUCAGACCGGAAGAUGUUGGUCGUUUUGCCAGCAUUUGCAAAACUUCGUUCGAGGUAGUUUGUACUGCCAAGUUUUGGUUUAGUUUAUAUAAACGAUAUUAUAACAACGUUCCGAACGUACCGGAUGAACUACAACCCGAAUGUCUUGUACGGAAGUAUGGCUUACGUACUUCCGUCAUCAGAGCCUUACAUUAUGUGUAUCCCCCCUUUGUGAAUAAACUGAAAUCUAUCAAAGCCGCUUUAGAGGAGCACCCCGAUACCCUAAUAAGGAGACAGUGUGAUUGUUUGUGGCAACAGCGGCAGAAGGGGCAGUGGGUGUUUUAUUUCAAGUUGCGGGAGAAGAGGAACAAUUUUCUGCAGCGUUCAAGGAGAACCAACUACAAGCAGCCGGAUUUGCUCGAGAUUUUGGACGACGUCUCGGCCAAUCCCGAUGAAAACUGCCGUGUUUUGCAGAUUACUUGUAAACAUUUCAUUCAGAUCCCGCCAGUCAUAGGGCAAGUGCUGACAUCUGUCUGCCUGACGCUCUCCCAGGGCUUCCGACACCACAGACUUCAGUUGGGGUUCGGCUCCGGGAUAAUGGGCUAUCCGCCGCCAGAUGGCAGCGCCUGUACUAACAUCAACCUAGACCCUGUGAUCAAUUUCCGAGUCCUCGACUGGUGGCACCCUCUGUACCCUCACAACCACAACAUCCAGGAUUUAUUGAACCAAGAAUAAAUUCGCAUUUUCCCCUCGACCGAUCAAAGACACAUCGCUAUACAUAAAUCUGCUAUUCUUUACAGGAUCAUGCUUCGUUAUAACCAGAUAAUGUAGUCAGUGGAUGUGUUAGCCAAAAUUCGUCGGAUGUUAUUUUUUAAUAUCAUGAAAGGUAAUUGUGGCGUUAGUUUCGUUUCGACUAAAUCGGUUGGGAUUCGCAUGAAAAAAAUUUAUAUUUAAGGAAAAAAUGUAUUUUCUUUAUCAUUGUUUUUUAUAUAAAUAAAUGGUUCUUUAUUAUU